AUGCAAAGCGUGUGGGUCCCAGAUCCAGAACGAGUCUUCGUUCGAGCAGAAUUGGUGGAGGAAAAGACACUUCGAAACAAGCAGAACAAAGAUGAGCAUUGGGCGGUUGUGAAGGUCGAUGGAGGCCAAGUAGAAGUCCCAAUCGAGGAAGUAUGUGAGGUUAAUCCCAACACAUUUGACCGAAUUGAUGACAUGUCAGAAUUGACCCAUCUGAACGAGCCCUCCGUUCUGUAUAACUUGGAAAAUCGAUACGCAGAUGACACGAUUUACACUUACUCGGGGCUCUUUCUCGUUGCUAUCAACCCAUAUAGCAACAUUCGCAUUUAUUCCCAGGACUACAUUAAUCUAUACCACGGAUCUCCAAAAGAGGAUAACAAACCGCAUAUAUUCGCCAUUGCAGAGCAGGCGUAUCAGAAUCUACUGAGUUUGAAACGCGACCAGUCUAUCUUAGUCACAGGUGAGUCUGGGGCAGGAAAAACCGAGAACACCAAAAAAAUACUACAGUAUUUGGCCAGCAUAACGUCAGAAGACAAGCUAGCACCUGAUACCACGCAUGAAAGCUUCGAGCGUAAGAUCCUGCAGAGUAACCCCAUUCUAGAAGCAUUUGGUAACGCCCAAACGGUGAGAAACAAUAACUCCUCAAGAUUUGGCAAAUUCAUAAAAAUCGAAUUUGACGAACUGGGUAAGAUCAAUGGUGCUCACGUCGACUGGUACCUUUUGGAAAAAUCUCGAGUCAUUCAACAAGGUCCGCGUGAAAGAAACUACCACAUUUUUUACCAGAUGUUAUCGGGCCUUAGUGCUCAAGACCUUCGCAAGUUUGGUCUGGAAACCAAUUCUAUCAGAGGCUACCGCUAUUUGCGUGAUUCGAAUGCGAGUAUACCAGGCGUUGAUGAUACCCAAGACUUCCAUGCACUACUAAAUUCUUUUAAGGUCGUAGGUUUUACCGAAUGUGAGGUUCAUACAGUUUUGACUGUCAUAGCUAUCAUACUUCAUAUUGGUAACAUUGACUUUGUAUCCGAAAGAGCCGAGCAGGCGUCAUUCAGUAAUAGCGUUGAAACCCUUUGUCAACUGCUAGGUGUGACGGAGUCCGAUUUCAAAACCGCUAUACUGAAGCCAAAAGCCAAAGCCGGCAAAGAUUGGGUUGUUCAGUCGAAAAAUGCACAACAGGCCCGAUUCAUUUUAAACUCUUUGUCUAGGUCGUUAUAUGAGAAUUUGUUUUCCCAUGUUGUUCAGAAAAUCAAUGAUAAUCUCGAUCACGGUUCCAUGACAGAAAACUACAUUGGUCUUCUCGAUAUAGCUGGCUUUGAAAUUUUUAAGCACAACUCUUUCGAGCAACUCUGCAUCAACUACACCAACGAAAAGCUGCAACAAUUUUUCAACCAUCAUAUGUUUGUUCUCGAACAAAACGAAUAUCUCAAGGAAAACGUCCAGUGGAGCUACAUUGAUUACGGAAAAGACCUUCAGUCAACGAUAGAUCUAAUAGAAAGGAAGGAUGAGAACCCCGGCGUUUUGCCGUUACUGGAUGAGGAAUCGAUUUUGCCCAAGUCAACAGACGAUUCUUUCUACUCGAAACUGGUCUCUUUUUGCAGCGACAAAUCCGCCAAGUUUAAGCGCUCAAAAAAAGACAGAUGUUUUGUGUUGACGCACUACGCGGGAGACGUCGAAUACAAUGUCGAAGGGUGGCUAUCAAAAAACAAGGACCCUCUGUCGGCUAACCUAUUGCAGCUCUUGUCCACGUCCUCUAAUGAUCUGAUAAAGCGAUUUUUCGAUAGUAACGACUCUCAACCUAAUGCUUUCAAAACAUCUUCCCAUCGGCAUAGGAGUCAAUUGAAUUCACUUUUGGAUCGGCUAUCAUCCACAGAGCCUCACUUCGUGCGUUGUAUUAUACCUAAUGACAAGAAGAAAGCUCACGAUUUCAAUAGGAAGCUCAUUUUGGACCAGUUACGGUGCAACGGUGUGCUCGAAGGUAUUAGAAUAGCUCGAGAAGGAUAUCCAAAUCGUAUCUUUUUCAAGGAGUUUUUUCAGCGUUACAAGAUCCUAUCAGAUGAAUACCGUUACUCCAACAACUCCAAGAAAAACUGCGAGAUAGUACUGUCCUCUUUGCACCUCGAUCCGGCAUUAUUCAAAGUAGGAAACAGCAAGCUAUUUUUCAAAGCUGGUGUUCUGGCAGGUCUAGAAACCAAAAAGGAGGAUCGCAUUGCAUCCAUGGUGUCCAAACUUAUUGCAAAAAUCAACGGAACGAUAGUAAGGAGACAAACCUCUGAUCAACUGAAAAAAUUGCAGGCUGCGCAAGUGCUAAAGGUCGCUUUCACCACAUAUGACAAGCUAAUGAAAGAUCGGUGGUUUAGUUUGUAUGUCAAAAUCAAGCCUUUGUUGGACUCGACACAGGAGAUCUCCAAGACCAAGAAAAUAGCCGAGCAUGUCAAACAACUUGAAGCAGAGCUUGAACGUGUGAAUUUGUUAAACAGAACUAUUUCAACAGACAAAAGUGCCCUGACAGAGGAUCUUACCCGCGUGAGGGAGAUACUUCUCGUAGAGAGAAACAAACUCAAAGAACACGAAGAUAAACUGGAACUGCUGAACAGCAAAGAGAAGGAGCUGAACGAUCUUCUGGAAGAAUCUGAGAAGCAGAGGCAGCAUCUGACCGACGAGAAAAGCACCCUACAAAAAACUUUUGAAAAGUCCCAAGGUGAUAUGCAAAGCGCUGAAGAUGGUGCAGCUAAAGCACAGGCAUUACUGCUUAAACUGCAGAAGGAAAAUGAAGCGCUGAAUGAUAGCAUAGCGAAGCUCCAGUCAGAGCUAAACGGCGCCAAAAUUGCAUGCUCUCAACUCGAAUCUGAGAAACACAAAUUGAGUGAAGAGCUGGGCGCCAUGGAGAAGGAGCUUUCAUCAAAAAAGAACAGCAUAGCAGAGUUAGAGACGAAGCUUUCACAUUCAGAUAUUGAGCUAGAAAGGGCCUUGCAGGGCUUGGAGAAAAAGUUCCACAGCACGAGUAAGAGAUUGACAUCAUUAGUUGAAGAAAAUAAAUAUCUGAGGGAUUCGCUCGAGAGAUCUAAAAAGGAAUCUGUGGAAGUGCAAAACACAUUGCAGUCGAAGGAAAAAGAGCUGCAAAGAUUUCUGGAGCGGUUGGAACAAAACCAGGUCUUAAUACAAUCUCUCAACAAGGAAAGGGAUGAUCUUUUAUCGGAACACGUAAGCCUAAUAAGUGGAGCCAAAGCUCUCCAGGCAGAGCUUUUAGAAUACAAGAAAAAGAAUCAGGCGCUGGAGCAAACAUGUAAAGCUUUGCGAGACACUGCCAAUUCUUCUAGCGAAACUGCUUUAUCAAAGGUACCUCAAAACGAGCAGACCACCAAGAGAAUCGAAUCAUUAAGCGAGCAACUUGCCAGAGAAAAGUCUUUGACCAAGUUUUUGAACGAAAGACUUAUAGACAAUGCCUCAAGCCGAACUUCCUCUAGAUCAACUAAUGAUCAGGAGGAUAGUCGACUCAUGUCUGGUGAGGAUAUUUUCGAGGCCUACGAUGAGCUCAAAAUCGAGCUGCGAGAGGCUUCUUUUCGUCUCGAGAAAGAGGUCAACCAGAAAAAAGAUCUUAUUUCCAAGCUACGCUUUACUGAAACAAGGCUGGCAUCAGCGUCGUUCGAAAUCCAAAACAUGUCAUCACAACUGAGGGCCUUAAAAAGUGCCAUAGUUAAUGCUGGCUUGCAUGUAAAUCUCGAAGAAAUUCUCAGUCAAGUUGAACCUGUAGAGCUGAACCAUGAAAAGCUCAUUUUAGAGAUUGCGCAUCUCAGAAGUCAACUUCAAGCUGAAAAACAAGCCAGGUCAGACGCGGAGAAUGCUGCUUCCGCGCUACACAGUAAGAUCAGACAGAUUCAAAGAUCCGAUUCCUCUUCUGACAUAUUCCGGCUCAAAUAUGAAGCCAGCGAACAGAGAGUAAAGUCGCUGGAGUCAAAAAUCACCUCUCAGGCUUUGAGAGACAAAACCAAUCUCACCAACGGUGAGAUUUUCAUCCAGCGAGGUAGCAUUUCAAAGUACGAAGAGGACCUGAAGCUCUACAAACUAGAAAAGUACAAGCUACAAGACCUUUUGGUGGAGUCCGAGAAGCAAAUAAAUAAUUUGAAAAAGGGAUUGAGGCAGUACCAAACUGAUAAGGCAGCUCUAGCAGAGGAGCUUGCGCGACUAAAAAAAGAAUUAGAUGUUUCUGAGAGGCAAAAUCGCCUGCUUUCAACAAGUUCGAAUAACCACAAAGUGCAAUACGAGAAUUGUAUUGAAGAUCUCCAUGCUACAGAAGGACAAUUGAAAGAAAUGAUUCACUGCUUGAGGGAAUCAGAGGCCGAUAUAAAGAUUAUGGCUUCCAUUGUGGAGAGGUUGAAAGCGCAAAAUAAGCAGAAGGAUAAACAACUAUGGGAAGUAGAGUCGCGCAAUAAUGAGCUCGAAUCAGAGGUUGAAGAGAAGAAUAUUGAUAUAAGCAAAUUACAGUCCCGAGUUCACAUUCUGAAUCAAGAUCUUGCUCAUUUCAAAGAUCGCGUCAGAACGGCAGGCGAUCAAAGGCAGCUGCUUGCUGAAAUCGAAAAUCUGAAAGCUGAGUUAAACUCUUCACUCAGAGCUGAAACGGAGUUGAAGAAAGAAAAUUCGUCAACAAGCUACACCUUAGAGAACGUUAAGAUCGAGUAUGACUCCAAGGUUGAGGAUCUGUUGAGGCAAAAUUCUCAUUACGAACAAGUCAUUGGUGGCCUGGUGGAUGAAAGGGACGCCGCUACAUCUGUUAGAGACGAGUUGCAAAGUUCCCUCACGAAGCUGCAAGGAAAAUUGGGAAGUCUUAACGAGUCCGUAACAAGUUUAUUAGAGGUGAAGCGUCAACUUGAGUCACAGCGAGAUGGCUUGAACGAUAAGUGUGACGAGAGUAGAGCGGCUCUCGAAAAACUAGCGGAAGAAAAAGAGAUGAUAACAAGUAAAAUCCAUUCUCUUGAGGAAGCCUUGCACCUUCAACAGCAACAAACUGAGCGAAAUGAAUCACUGGUCGAGCAACUGCAAUCUUCUUUGACAGACAACAAGUCGCAACUAGCGAUUGAGAAGGAUAAAAACAUUGUUUUACGUGAAGAGAAUUUAUCUUUGGGUAAGUCGAAUGAUCAGCUAAGGAGUACAUUAGGCGUUUUAGAAUCGAAGAUUGCCGACAAAACGGAACAGGAAGCCUGGAUCUCAAAGGUGCAGGAGCUGGAAGACCUUGUGACGCAAGAGUCUGACGCUAAGUUCGAAGAAAUCAAAAAAAACAAGGCCCUUCAACGAAUUGUUGAAGAACUGAAGGGGAUCAACAAAAAGCAAGCGGAUACUAUUGCUACCGCGAACACAAACCGAGAGGACUAUGUUCGAGAAAUUGCAGAAAAGCUGGAAAGAUUGGAAGUUUUGGAAAAUCAUGUUGCAAAGCAGGAAGUAGAUGGCAGAAGAAUAGAACGCGAUAGAGCGUAUCAGGAAGAACAGGUCCUCUAUUUGCAAAAAGAGCUUGACCUGUGGAAAGAAAAGUACAAUGAUUUAUCCAUGAGACGCAAAAGUAUAGACGCUCGUUCCAAUGAUGAAUUGUUUAUUUAG